GUUUCAUUAUAAAUACACAACGUAACUGCUUCUUUCAAAAAUCUGAUUAGUCUCGCUUUCCGUUAAUUCGUUCCUGCUGACGUCACACGACGAUGGCUAUAAUCUCUGAAACUUCCGACGACGGCUCUAACGGUGGCGUACCAAACAAGAAAUCCGAAGAACUCCACAAGAACCCUAAAGAAGAAGAAGAAGAAGAAGAGAAUCAAAACGAGAAACCGAAAGAUGAAGAUCAAGAAGACGAUCAUCAAGAAGAAGAAGCAGAGAAUCUUCCUCCGAUACCUCGACGAAUCCCACAAGCACUCAUCAGAAGAACCGUCGCACUCAUCCGAAGAUGUCACUACCCGUCGCUAUCUCUCCUCUCUAAAGCCUUUCGUCGCGUAAUCUCUUCGCCGGAACUCCACCACAGACGCUUGAGUCUCAACCUAACCGAACCGAUUCUUUACGCUUUGAUCGGAUUCCCUUCUCAUGGUUUCCCGACCUGGUUCAUUCUCAACCAAAACAUUCCAAGAAACAUCCCAUUAAGACUGAGCCAAAUCGGUUCACUUCCUCCUAUGAAUCCUGGUUCUGCUGUGGUCACAAUCGGCUACAAGAUGUAUGUGAUCGGUGGAAUGAUAGGCCCAUUUAACCAUGUAAAGACUGUGUUUGUCAUCGACUGUAGAGUCCAUACGUGUAACUAUCUCCCAACUAUGCAUAGGGCUCGUUACCGUGCAGUCGCAGAAGUAAUUGACGGAAAGAUUUAUGUCAUCGGAGGUUGCGAGAAGCGGUAUGAGGAUUGGAUCGAAGUGUUCGAUGUAGAGAAUGGGACUUGGAGUACUGUUCCUGAUCCAUCCCCUUGGAAGUCUAGUUUGCCAGGAGGAGGGUUUGUGACAUCUGUUGUGAUGCAAAACAAGAUUUACAUUUUGGAUGAUCUGCGUGGUUUGGUUUAUGAUCCCAAUGAUGGUACAUGGGAGUCAUGGGAGCCUGAAACUAAGUUGAUGUCUUAUUGGAGCAAGCCGUGUUGUGUGAUUGAGGAUUUGUUGUAUAGUUUGGAUCCAUGGUGUGUUCAACGUCGGAUACAGGUGUAUGAUCCAAAUGGAAUGUUUUGGACUCCUGUGAUGGGUUUACAUGGUUUGCCUAAUCUGAAUUACUUCAAUUGUAAAAUGGCGAAUGUUGGUGGGAAGUUGAUGGUUUUGGGUACUACUGAUAACUCGGAUAAAGGUAUUUGGUGUGUAGAGAUUUGGUGUGUAGAGAUCGCGUUGGAAAAACGUGAAAGAGGUCAGAUUUGGGGGAAGAUCGAUUCAAUGGAGCGUGUGCUUAGAUCCAUGAACGCGGCUUAUAUUGAUCUUUGCCGCUCUGUUACGUUCUGAUGAUCUGUGGGUUGGUUGUUUCUUGCAGUGGAAGGUGAAGGAUCUUUUGAUUACAUCUACUAUUUUGAGCAGCUUGUUGAUUUCAGAGCAAAUAUGAAGAAAAAAGUGGUGCAGAAGCUGUUAUAUAUAUAUCUGACACCUUAUAGAGUAAAUCAUCUUUCUUUACCUUUGUGCAAAAAUGUGAAUACUCUUUCAGAAUUAGCCUCUUGUGUUUGUGUAGAGUCGGCCACUCUUUUGUACUAAAACUCUUACGAGACUUGUUGAAAUGCAUCUUUGGUUUAGCUA